AUGACAGAACACAUCAAUCCUCGGCGAGAUAAGAGGUCAACUAGCUCGUGGUUCAUGCACGGUGCACUCGUAAUUGGCCUUGUCUCGGCUUUGAUCGCAUUCAACAACUACCAAACCUGGUCCUCUAGCCCACCCGGGUUGGACAUUUACAACCCUGGAGCGAAUAGCGGGAUAUGCCAGCAAGUACAGAAGCUAUCUCCAAGGAACAAGCAAGUCGACCAGUAUGUUCGUGAGAAAGUCGACUCCGUUGAAUACAGCCGAGAAAUCAUCAACAAGCUCUCUGGGAUCAUUCGCAUUCCAUCCGAAAGCUAUGAUGACCUGGGCCCCAUUGGCGAAGACGACCGAUGGAACAUAUUUUUCCAAGUCGAGCACUACAUCAAAGCCAAGUAUCCCACGGUAUUUCAGAACGUGAAGCUGGAUCACGCCAAUACACAUGGGUUGAUCCUAACGUGGGAAGGCAGCAUUUCACCCUCAGAGGCCAAGCCAAUUCUCAUGCUCGCGCAUCAAGACGUCGUACCAGUGCUUGCAGAAAACGUCAACGAUUGGACUCAUCCACCGUACGACGGCCACUAUGAUGGAGAGAUUAUUUGGGGUCGCGGCGCGACCGACGACAAAGGCUACCUGAUAUCCAUCAUUGAGAGCUUGGACCUAUUGAUCAAGAGUGGGUUCAAACCGAAAAGAACAGUCAUUUUGGCAUUUGGCUGCGACGAAGAGAUUAGUGGCGAGAAUUGUGGGAGACCUAUUUCGGAUUUCCUUCACAAGCAAUAUGGGGACGACGGGAUUUAUCUGAUCAUGGAUGAGGGUUCUACAGGCAUCCAAAGGGAAUUUGAACAAUCCUUUGCCAUGGUCAGCGUCGCAGAGAAGGGCUAUCUGGACAUCGCGAUAAAUGUCUCAUCGAUGGGUGGCCAUGCAAGCAACCCACCAGACCAUAAUGUCAUCGGUAUCCUAUCGGAAAUCGUGGUCGCGAUUGAGAGCAACCCAUUCCCAGGAAAGGUCACGCCGAAGAAUCCGAUGUUUCGCUUCCUAGAGUGUGGUGCCAUCCAUGCUCCCGAUUCGAGCUUCCCCAUGGCAGUUCGCCGCGAGUUAGGCAUGGUCGCCCAAAACGAUAGCACCAGUCAGGAGCACCUCGCAAAUUCACUGGAUGAUAUGAGAUAUUACUUCAAAACAAGCCAGUCUGUCGGAAAGAUCAACGGUGGUGUCAAAAUCAAUGCCAUCCCGGAAACAGCGUCUACGAUGAUCAACCUGCGCCUGGCCGUGGAAACCUCUAUUGCUGAGGUUGAGGCGCACUACGAGGCCCUUGUCGGGGCAAUUGCCAAAAAGCACACCCUGGCAUUUUCAGGGUUUCAUUUGCCGUGCAGCUCUGAAGAAAAACGGAAAAUAUGCAUGAUUGGAGUUGACGCCUUAGAACCAGCGCCUGUUUCCCCUGUCGAUGCGGAGGCCUAUCGCAUCUUGUCUGGAACCAUCAAAAAUGUUCUCAAGCCACUGGGUACGGACGAUGAGCUUAUUGUCACACCCUAUUUGAUGCCGGCCAACACCGACACUAAGUUCUUUUGGGCCUUGACAAAGAACAUUUACAGGUUCACGCCUGUGAAUUUGGUGGAAAACCUCAAUCGGGCACAUACGACUGAUGAAUUUAUUCGAGCUGAUGAAUUCGUGCGAGAGCCGCUGUUUUUCGCGAGUUUGAUUUUGAAUGCUGAUGAUGUUGUGGGCUAG